AGAGAAAGAAAGAAAGAGAGAAGGAGUAAGAGAUGGAAAGGGGGGAGAGUUAAAUAUAGCAGUAAGAGAGAAAGAAAGUGGAAAGAAAGAGUGAAAGAGUAAAAAGAUCAAAGAAAGAGAAUGAGAGAGAGAAGAGAGCGUCCAAUUACAUUCAUUACCAGUCGUGUGCCAAGUUUUUUUUUUUGUUGUUGUUGUUUUUUGUAAAAGUCCUCGGCCUAGCAUACACAGUACAUUUCCUAAACUCCUAUCUGGCAGGGCAGCUGCAGAGUCGUGAACACUGAGAAUCCUCACACCCUCAGACCCUCAUAGUGGCACCAGAGAGUAAUGUGACGCUGAUUCAGCAAGCCAUUAAAUCAAACCGAGGGGCAUAAAUUGCGUACUUUUAUUAUUAAUUCCCACUUCAGUACCAAGUCCCAUCAGUCGAAUGUGGCUGUGGCGAUGAUGAGAUCGAUCGGGGCCGAUGAUUCAUUAGCGCUCUGGUGGCACUGUUCGUUCCUGCUUAUCAGCUGCAGCAGAGCCACGGGGAAGGCGGGCUGGGUUAUGGAUGUGCAGCGGGAGGUUACGGUGGGCUGUAUGGGGGGUGGAUGUGCAUGCUGCUGUAAUAUGUUUGCUCUGAUGGAGCCUCCCCAAGAGACCAUUUUUUUUUUCUUUUGGCGAGUGGAGGUUAGCAAGCAUAACCAGUUUAAUGAUCGACGAAUUCCCCCUCCCCUCCGUGUGCAGAGGUAUAUAUACACUGAAGGCAGACUAGUUCCCUUGCUGUUGUUCUCACAACAGUGAGAGAGAGGGAGCUAAGGAAACAAGAGCAAGAGAUCGAAUAAGAUAAGAUUAGUACAAAUAGCUGCAGCCCUCUAAAAUCAAAAUGAAGGUUGCUAGCUUGAUCUUCUUUGGCAGCUUGUGUGCCAUCAAUGCGGCCCCUCAAACAGUCACAGAGGUGCCCGUUCAUAACACUCCGCAACCGACGGAAGCCCGGUCCCGCUUUGCGAUGCUGGAUGACGUGCGCCUGCUGGCUAACGGUCUCCUCCAGCUGGGGCAGAGCUUGCGAGAGUUCGUACACAAGACCAAAGGGCAAAUCAACGACAUCUUCCAGAAGCUGAACAUUUUUGACCGCUCGUUCUACCAGCUCUCGGUCGUCACCAGCGAGAUCAAAGAGGAGGAAGAGAAGCUGAAGGAAACCACCACCUUCUUGAAGGCCAACAAUGAAGAGAUCCGCAAUUUGUCACUCGAGAUCAACUCCAAGAUCAACAGCAUUCUGCUGGAGCGCAGUCACCUGCAGAGCAAAGUGGGCAGUCUGGAGGAGAAGCUGAAGGGCCUGUCUCAGAGCAUCGUGCCUCUAGAGCAGCUUCAAGAGAUCACCGCACUGAAGGAUGUGAUUGACUCUCAGGAGAAGACCAUCAAAGACCUGCUGAUGUCAGUGCGAGAGCAGCACGAGCAGCUCAACUCUCAGAAAAUCAAAAUCAAGAGCUUGGAGGAAAAGCUUAACUACGAACCUAUCCAAGAAACAGGUGAAAAAUCUCCAGAACCAACUCCAGAGGCACCAGAACUUUUAGAGUACCUAACAAGCAACUCAACCGCUAUGGACACAAAUGACUUUCCCACAGACUGCAGUGAAGUGUUCAACAGAGGCCAGAGAAACAGUGGAGUUUACCCAAUCAAGCCCAAUCAAUCAGAGCCAUUCAACGUGUACUGCGAUAUCAGCUCAGAUGGGGCAGCUACUGUCAUUCAGCGCAGAGCGGACGGUUCUGUAGAUUUUGAUCAGAACUGGGACAAAUAUGAACUUGGAUUUGGAAAUUUGGAAAUGGAGUUUUGGCUGGGCUUGGCAAAAAUCUACUCUAUUGCCAGACAGGGCGAUUAUAUUCUAAACAUUCAGCUAGAGGACUGGAAAGAGGAGAAAAGAUUCAUUGAGUAUUUGUUCAAUCUGGAUGGUCCCGCAUCUCACUACACUAUCCAUCUGACUCAUCUGUCUGGAAACCUGCCGGAUGCCAUGAGCAACCACACCGGCAUGAUGUUUUCCACCAAGGACAAGGACAACGACAAUCAUGAGGAUUCCAAUUGUGCCCGGAACUACACAGGUGGUUGGUGGUUUAACGCAUGUGGCGACACCAAUCUAAAUGGGCGGUAUACCUGGACGCGCUCAAGGAGUCGUUCUCUGCGCAGGAAAGGGAUCUACUGGAGACCUGGCAGGGGGAGCACUUAUACCCUCAAAUUUACAAAAAUCUCCAUUAGGCCAUCGUCCUAGUUUCAAUGAUCGCUGAACCUGGUUGAUUGUGCAACUCUUGAUCAAUGAGAAAGGUCACACAGGCAGUGGUGACUCUGGCCAACAGAAGUUUCCCCAUUCUCCUACACUCAGUCCAAAAGUGCUGACGCUUCAUCAAAGAAUGAUGCAACUACAACAGGCCAUCAACCAGUGGCAGAUAUAAAGGAGAUGUUGCAUGUGCUCAUCCUUUCUGAAUGAUUUAGAACAUUGUUAAUAGAGAUUUCAGGCAUAGCUGAAUGCACUUCUGGAGUAAUAAUAGUGACCUGCUGCAUGAUAUUAGGAAUUGUGAUACACUUUGAAACCACUCAUAUAAUAGUACAUUAAGUAACCAUAGAAAGAAAGUUGGUGGAUAGCAAUGCAUAUGUGUGUAAUAGUUUUCAGUGUCUUGUUUUUAUAUUGCAGUUUAACUUAAUACCGUAUUUAAGCAGUGUUCAUAUUUGCGCUACAUUAGUCAAGAACUGUGGUAUGAUAGUAGUAACUGUUUGCUCUGUUAUGUUACUGAGUCAUAUUGACUCCUGGCUACACACUGUACAAACCCAACUGUACAGUAUUUUGUUUACAGAUUUGUCCUCAGAAAUAGUCUUGGUACAUCAUUUUUAUAACAAAAAUAAAGUGAAACACUCAACAACCAUA